UUGCUUGCCUAGUACUUCCCACAUCAAGCAAAUUAAAACUACUUCGCUUUCAACUGUUUGCUAGGCUAGCCACUUGCUGGCUUGCUGCAACGAGCUCGUUGCUAGCUUGUUGCUUUUCUUUGCGAGUGAUUCUUGCAAAUAACUGAUCAAUGGGGAGGCAGCCGUGCUGCGACAAGGUGGGGCUGAAGAAGGGGCAGUGGACGGCGGAGGAGGACCAGAAGCUCGUCAGCUUCCUCCUCACCAACGGCCAGUGCUGCUGGCGCGCGGUGCCCAAGCUCGCCGGGUUGUUGCGGUGCGGGAAGAGCUGCAGGCUGCGCUGGACCAACUACCUGCGACCGGACCUGAAGCGGGGGCUGCUGUCGGAGGACGAGGUGAAGACGGUGAUCGACCUGCACGCGCAGCUCGGUAACCGGUGGUCCAAGAUCGCGUCGCACCUGCCGGGGAGGACGGACAACGAGAUCAAGAACCACUGGAACACGCACAUCAAGAAGAAGCUCAGGAAGAUGGGCAUCGACCCCGUCAGUCACAAGCCCCUCCAGCCCGCUCCUCCUCAGCCUCCUCAGCAGCCGGAGGAGGAGGAGAUGCCCGCCGUGGCCGCCGCGGCAGGGACCGUGUCAGAUGUCGGACUCGGACACGAGGCGUUCUGCACCGACGAGGUGCCCAUGGUGCACCUCCUGGACGACAUCGUCUUGCCAUGCGACAUCAUCGGCUUACCGCCGGCCAACAGCGGUAGCGGUAUGGCUAGUUCGCCCGAGUCUUCCUCGUCCUCGUCCUACUCUGCCUCGGCGGCAGCGUCGAGCGGUGGCAGCACCAUCGUCAACGGCGAGUGGCCGGAGUGGCCGCAGAUGAUGGAGUGGCCGGAGUCGAUGUGGCUGGACGACGUGGUGACGGGACCGGCGCCGUGGGAGUUCGAGGACCCGUUCGUCACGUACCAGAGGAUCGCGCUGUUCGAUCACCAGGAGACAUGGAACAACAACAGGCUCGAGCUGUUCUGAAUUCAUCACAUUCUUUGUAACUAAAUUAAUCGCCACGCGUGCACACUAUAUUACAGGUCACGUUCAUCCGUUCACCGCCGCUGCAUUUGCCAUUUUACCUAGUGCCUCAUCAAUUACAGUUAGAAAAAAAACCAGACAGAGAAUUCAUUCAGACUUAGUCUGGUGGUGUACCUCCACCAUGGAGGGUACUCCUCGGGAGCUCGAGUCCUCGGUCUCGGAACCCGUCAAAUAGCCUUCUAGAAAAGGGUACCUGGUUCUUAAUAAAUAAAGAGACUAAAUGUACCCUCUUUCUUUUUUUCCUGGACAUUUUUUUCAGAUUUUUUUGGGUGCAUGCGGUGUUUGGCAUGCACACGUCGCAGAUUCGCAUGCCCUGCAGGAUGCGGCAUGUAAGCAAAUGGAAUUCGGAUAAUGAAACGGGAGAA